AUGUACCUAUGUGUUUUGCAGACGGGCGGUGCGGACAGCGCGAGCGGUGGCUCCGGUGGCUCGGGCAUGGAGUGCUUGCAACUGCGCUCGCCUCCUGGACCCUUCCAUUACCUCAUCUCGGAGCAGGCUAAGUCUCUCGUCGCAUUACAGGAACUCCAGAAUGAGGUCGGGGCAUUGCUCGAGUUCCGCGAUCUCGUUAUCGAGACAUUCCCAAAUUUACGUUCCAAAAUGGCGCCGUCAACGCCGGCGAGUGAGACGCGCCGUGACUGGGAGCCUGGCGUUCGCGUGCGAAGAAAACUUGCGGGGGGCAACGGGGACACCGCCAGGACUAAACCACAGCCCUCUGUACAAGAUUCCGGGUUUAGCACUGAGACAUCUUGUGGCAAAGAUGCUCAUUCCUCAGCCUCAGCAACCGCCUCCGCGUCUCGCCCUCGCCCACUCGAAGACGAAUUGUGGGCGCUACUCGAUGUCAUACAGCGGAAGGGCGUCCGAUUGCGAGACGAGGCAGAGUUAUUACGCGGGGAAUUGGACGAGAGGCAUUCGGAGACCGCCGAAGAGUCUUUCGCUCGAGCGCUGUCGACUGGCUGUGGGGAUUGCACAGACUUGGUGCGGUUACGGAGUGAAAGAGAUGCUCUACUCGCACAUGCUGCUCAACUUGAAGCCGCAGCAGCAGUCAGUCCUCCCCCAGCGCCCUCCACUCCAUUGGGAAGAUUGGACAAUGCCCUGGAAACACCGUCGCGGCCACCACAAGUCGCAACGCCUGAUUCAAAGAAGUUCGCUGCGAUUCUACACGAGAGCAAUCCCGUCGAACUUCAAAGACAACUACUCUUUUCCACCGUUCAGAAUCAGGCGAUAAGUUUGCAGCUGAGACGUGCUGCGACCCAACGCACCAUGCUCCUCGAGAAAUUAGAGCGGGCGAGAGACCAGAAUGAGGACCUCAAGUUCAGACUCGAAGAGAAAAGCAUAGAGCUAGAAGGGGCUAGAGCGCGAGUGCGGCAACUCGAAGGCAAGAGACGGAGCGGGAGCACCGACCGCCACAGCAUGCGCGACCUGCAGCCGCUGAACAUGCCGGACGAGCCCCGCAUCGCGGACACCCCCCGCUCGCGACCCUCGCGCAUCCCCCGCCACAAGGCGGCCGCCCCCCGACCCCCCAGCACCCCCAACAUCUCCACAAUCUCCAAUACCCCCAACAUCCCCCGGCCCCCAUCCUCCCACUCUGUCCGCUCCGCCACCUCCACACGCAGCAGGCCCUCUCGAGAGGUGUCAGUCUCAUCCAGGAAGGACUCGCGCAAGGAGCAAGUCAAAUCGGCAGUGCCAGUACGCUCACCCUCACACGAUAAGGUGCGAGCACGAUCCUCCUGGUUCAACAACUGGUUCACUGGACUCGUAGACCCUAAAGGACCCAAGUGC